CUGCUGAUUUAGGUAGAACUCGCGAACUUAGAGGAAAUGCAGAAGCUCUUUCAACUGUGACUGGAAUCGUUGAUGGUACGGGUAGUUUUGGAGCUGCUUUUGGGCAACUGCUCAUUCCUUCGAUCCAAGCUGUGUUCGGAUGGAAUUCUGUAUUUUAUGGAUUCAUUGUUAUGAUCAUUUGUACAACAGCAUGUCUGGUACCUUUACUGUGGCGUGAAGUUAUUUGGCGGCGACGAGUCUUCUACAAUGUUUUGAGCUCUGAUCAAGAAGAUCACGGUAAUGACGAGGAUGAGGUCGUUGCUGCUGAUGAAGAUGUCGUGAGACGGCGACUACUGGCGGCAGAAGAUCAGCAAUAA